GAAUGUAGACCGUCAUCCUGGAAAAGACAUCACUUCUGUGAUAGCUUGAUAUAGUUCCCUGAAAAUGAAGCAGGAUUCUCUUAGAAAUGCUGCUUACACUGUGGACUGUGAAGACUAUGUGCACGUGAUAAAAUUCAAUCCAUUUGAUAGUGGAGAUGCAUGCUCUCUCAUUGCAUAUGGUGGCAACAAUUACGUGGUUGUUGGAACAUGCAGAUUUCAGGAAGAGGAUGCAGAAGUGGAGGGCAUUCAGUAUAAGACACUAAGAACAUUUCAUCAUGGAAUUCGAGUUGAUGCCAUAGCAUGGAGUCCAGAAACUAGACUUGAUGCUUUACCUCCCCAGAUAAGGUUUUGUACAGCGGCUUCUGAUAGGAAGUUAAGACUAUUUACUUCAGACCUGCAGGACAAGAAUGAAUAUAAGACAUUUGAUGGCCACUCAGAUUAUGUUAAUGACCUGGUGUUUGCUCCGAAAGAAGGUCAAGAAGUUGCAAGUGUAAGUGAUGAUCACACUUGCAGGUAUGUAUUUUGUUCAAGGCAUCACUGAAAUAGUAGCAUUGGC